AUGGGAAAUAAGCAAAGUAUAUUUACUGAAGAACAGCUAGAUGAAUAUCAGUUGCUGGGUGAAAGAUGGGAGGAGAUUAUAAACGAGUCCUGUCAUUGUUGCUUGUCCAAUUUUUAUGCAUCCAUCUACUUUGCACUCUUGCUAAUUUGCCCUAAAUAUUGGAGCCUAAUGAGAGGGACGGGAAGAUUGGAUUCUGAGGAUGAAAAAAUAGAUGCAGAAGAUUGUACUGUCUUCACAAGGAAAGAAAUUCUGAGAUUAUAUCACAGAUUUCAUGCAUUGGCACCACAGAAUGUCCCCUGCCACUUCAAUGAUAGUGAAGAUAUCAAACUACCUCUGCAACUCAUCAGCAAGAUGCCAGAACUGAAGGAAAACCCCUUUCACCAAAAAAUCCUUCAAGUGUUUUCAGAAGAUGAGCAGGGGGUCAUGACAUUUAAUGAGUUUCUAAAUAUGUUCUCUGCCUUAAGUGAUGUGGCACCUAACAAUUUAAAGGCAUAUUAUGCAUUUAAAAUUUACGACUUCAACAGUGAUAACUUCAUUUGCCAAUCUGAUCUGGAGGUAAUGCUCAACAAGCUUACAAACAAGGAACUGUCAGAUGAAGAACGUCAGUUGGUGUGCAACAAAAUCAUGGAGGAAGGAGACCUGGAUGGUGAUGGGAAACUUUCUUUAGCUGACUUUGAAUAUAUGAUUACCCGUGCCCCAGAUUUUGUGAGCACUUUUCACAUUAGGAUCUGAAGAACUUCAGCACAUGAGAGGCAUCAGUAUUGGCUGCCACACAAUAAAACCUUUACAUCUAAUGCUACUCUGCAUGAUUUUUCUGCUGGAAAGGAUUCCAUGACCACAAUCUGAGGCAAGAUUUCUAUUACAUAUGCCUUAGUAUUUUAAACUAAAUGACGUUUUCUUAAUUAGUUAUCCAAAUUAUAGUUUUCCAAGGCUUAAUUUCAUCUUAUCUGACUGCUGCAUUUGAAUUGAAUUAAAGAAAAAAACCGUAUCAGAAUGCAGUCUUAUUUGAAAUAGUUCAUUAGGCCAAACAGAAGGAUAAGACAAGAGCACUUUAAAGUGAAUGUUUCAAGCAGUUUUGGAGAUUUCUUCCUUAUCUUGCUGUACCUAUUCAGUUGGAAUACUAGUUAGAGGCAUCUGUACCCGGUUUUCGUGCUGAGAAAUCCUGCUGUAAUUAUCACCAGUGCAGCAUGUUGGAAGCUUGCAAAUAUGAUUCAGUAUGUACUGUCCUGAUUGAACAAGAAUUUCCACAUUCAUGAUCUGAAAGAAAAGAUGCUCAUUGAAGAGAUUUUGUUUUAAAAAAGAUAACCCUCUUUUGAUGAAUUAUUAUAUCGGGUGUAGCUUUCACCAAAGUUUGAUUCCCCCAUCCCAUGCACUACUCAUCAAGAGGACGGGAAGGACAAAUACUCCCUAUCUCCAAUAACGUUGUUUCAAAACUAAUCAUUAGUCAAAUACAA